AUGUACAUCCAAUUGAUUGGAUGGUUAUUCUUGCUGUUACAAAUUGCAACAGCAGUAUUUGUUGAAAACGCAUUCAGUGUAAGUGAAGCAGUCAACUAUUUGUAUGGAACACCAUUGACCGAUAUUCAUAUCAUUGCCGGCGAUCUUGUUGUGGGCAAGAACUCAAAGGGUCAUUUAGUUGGUAUUGACUCUUUUGGCAGCGGGGAGAUCAAAUGGAAAUUACAAAAACAAGAUUUGGCCGGUGUAAGCGAUCUUUUAUAUACACAAGAUCAGAUUUAUGGAUGGAGUCAAGGCCAAAGAGAUAUCCUAGUAAUUGAUUCCGAUGGUGGCUUUUUCAAGCAUAGAACUGAAUAUAUUGUCAAGAAAAUGUUUGAAUCUAAGUAUGGUGGUGUUUUUAUUUUAGACAAUGGCCAAAAUUUACAUUAUCUUGAUAAGGGACUCAAGACACACCUCGUUGAUUCAAAUGUAAGUGACGAAAACAUUUUUAUUGAUUGCAAUGGAGGAACAAUACAAAUACUUAUUGGAGGUGAACAAUUGAUUUCUUACCUGGCUGAUGGUAAAGUCAACUUCAAGAGUGAUUGCUCUCUUGGUCUGGUGAAAGAAUUUAAAGAUGGACUUGUUAUUACAGAAAACGAUCAAGUGUUUAAGCUUGACGGACGAAACAAGGCCCUUAGAAAGAUUGAAAAUAACCUAUUCAAAAACUUGCUUGUUGUAAACCACGCUUAUAUGGUUUCUGACGAUAAAGAGGAAAUAAACCUUAUAUCUAUAGAGAAGGAACAUACAAAACUAAUUCAUCGCCUCCCGAAACCCAAAUCGAAAUCAAAAUCAGAAUCAUUUUCGUCUUCUUCGUUAAGAUUGAAAACAAGUUUGCAAUUCACACCUCUUAACAGCUUUUUAAUUUUUACUGAUGAACGCUCAAGAAAAGUUUUUGAUUUAACUGAUUUCUUACAUUCUGGUGAUAUCGAAAGCAUCAAAAAGAUUCAAUUCAAACUAUCCUUUGAUUCCCAAUUUGAGUAUUUAGUCAAAGUUAAAUCUGAAAGUAAAGGAUUAGCCAUACUUGGUCUCGAUGAAAAUUUGAAUGGCGAACUUUUUAGUUUAUUUGACGGCAGAAAAUUAAAAGACAUAGCACCUCGCCAGGCUCAAUACUCAUCCCAAUAUAACGACAAUUACAUCAUUAUUGAUCCUCCCCACUCAACAAAACUUAAAAGCGACAAAGAAGUUAUUCAAAAAGAGACCGAUAAUGCUCUUGUGUUUACGCACUGGUUACUGCGCACGAUUCGACACUUGAGCGAGAUUGGUCGUGCGAUUUUUAAUAUAAGAAAACAUUUCAUUUCAGAUGAUGUGGAAACUUUUGCAUUCAACAAGUUAAUUAUUUUUUAUGAUGCAAAUCAUGGAAAACUUGUCGCACUUAACUCUCAUGAUGAUGGACUUGCAUGGGAGACUAAUAUUUUUAACAAUACUGGUAGUGGUUCCGGUGAAAAUCAUGAAAAAUUCAUUAAAGUUACACAACUAAACAGUAAUGGAGUGGUCGGACCUUUGAUAGCAUUGUUUGAACUGCACUUGUUGUUCAUUGAUCCUGAAACUGGGAAUAUCACGGGGAAAAAACCCAACAAUGGAGCCAUUGAUAUCAAACCCAUUAAGCAAACUUUUGCAUUGGAAUUUAGCGACAAUUUUGUGUUAGCCGAGUCUGUUGAUGAAGAUGUAUAUUUCGUCAAGCAAAAAGAUAACACAAUGCUCUCUGGACAUUUAAUUCCUAAAAACGAGCUCAAAUCAAUUCAAACUUGGACCUACAAUUUGCAAGAACAUAUUGUUGCUGCUUCCACUCCCUUGCAAGAGUCAAAUUCAUUAUCCGCAGUUUCAUCGAUUGGGAUCCCACUUCACGAUAAAUCUGUAUUAUACAAAUACCUCAAUCCCAAUUUACUAGCAUUAAUGACAUUUAAAGAAACUUUGAAGUUGUACCUUAUUGAUGGAAUAUCAGGUAAUUUGUUGUACACACAUGUUCAUCCUGUCGCCGAGUUGAUCGACCCACUGUCAGUACGUCUUGUAGCAGAUGACAACUGGUUAGUGUACACUUUUUUCACCAAACUGCCGAGAUUAGAGCAAAGGAUUAAUGUUGUUGACCUUUUCAAUGGUAAAUCUGCUCCCUUAACGCAAUCACUUGCAAAUGUCACAAUCGAUUCAAUUUUCACAAAGUCUUUUAUUUACCCUGAGAAAAUUCUCCAAUUAUCAUCAACGAAAACAAAUUGGGGCAUCACUUUGAAAUCCAUAAUUGCGUUCACCGAACUGGGCAAUUUGGUGGAACUCCCCAAAUUUGUUUUAAACCCGAGGCGACCAGAGCAUCAAAUGUCUGCUAGUGAAUACCAAGAUGACUUCAGGUUGAUGCCAUAUGAUCCUAUAAUUCCAAAAAACAAUUUCCAAACCAUCAAUCACAAAUUUAAAUUAGAAUACGAAGACGAGGAUGUCGAAGAUGUCGAAGAAAAGGACGGAUACAAAGAGGUCAAAAAUAAAGUAGGCGCAAUUCUUGUACAACCAACACAGUAUGAAAGUACAGUAGUUUUGUGUUUCAUGAAUAGUCAUAAUCAAUUUUGUUCCCUUGUUCAGCCUAGUGCAUCAUUUGACUUGUUGGGCAAAAAUUUCGAAAAAAUUAAAUUGGUUCUUACAAUCAUUGCCUUGUUGGCAGUGUACAUUGCUACAAAGCCAUAUGUAUCUGAUAAGAAAUUGAAAUCGCAAUGGAUAGAUUUGAAAAAGAAAGCAUAA